AUGGGAGAUUCAACUUGUGUUCUGCAACCUUUUUCCUACACUUCUUCUGCCAUAUCCCAUGAGUCCAAACAGGGGAAUCCGUUAUUAAUGCAUGGACUGGGGGAUUCGGUUUCGUUCGGUCGUUUUAUGACGGAAUCGUUAGCAUGGGAGAAAUGGUCUACCUUUUCUUCUUCUUCUUCGUCUUCGUCCCACAACCGAUACGUUGAGGAAGCGGAGAGGUAUGCUCAGCCAGGUUCAGUUGCCCAGAAGAAAGCUUUCUUUGAAGCUCACUACAAGCGAAUUGCUGCUGCUAAAAAGGCCGCCGCUGAUGCCGCCGCCGCCGCCGCCGCUACUACUACUGACUCUACUCAUGCCGCCACCGCUGAACCCGCUGCAGCUGUUACUAAUCACCCGGCACCACCGCUACCCCCGCCGCCGCCCCCACCGGCGGCUGCAGUAUCGGAGGUUGAGAUUAAUGGUGUGGAUUCGAAGCUUGAAAAUUCAGGCCUCGUGGGGGCGGAGGCGAAAGUGGAGAUGGCUCUGGACGCCAAGGAGGAUUCAACAGAAACUUCAACGCUCAUCCCUGAAAGUUUGGAGAAUCAGGGGAUGAUGGCUCCUGCAGGAUCUGAGGAGAAUCCCCAGAUUAUUGAGAAACCUCUGUUGCUGCUAGAGCAGAAACGCAGUUCUGAUCAAGAAGCUCCACCAUUGGUAAAGAGCAAGAAGAAGUCGGCAUUUUCUACACUGAAAUCAUCAGUGUAUCGUAAAACACCAAGAACCCCUGCCAAGCAACCCUCCACUACAACGCCUAUUAACGAGAAACAGGACAACAGCAACGUGGUCAAUUAUAAUGCCACCACUCCCAUCCUCAGGAAGAAGCAGGCUUUAGAUUUUACGGAUAAGAAGCAGAAUUGUACUCCCAAAAAAUCGUCACCUGUCAAGCAACUUCGCAAUCUUCUCAGCCCAGGAAGAAAGGCUAAUAAUAGUAGGAAGGCGGAUAAUUCUUCUUCCAGGAUUGCUCCUGAUUCCUCUUCAUCCAAGAUGUCUCAGAAUUACGCUACUCCAAAGAUGGAAAAGGCAGCCAAGUUGCCAAAUUCUGAUGCUUCAAUGGCGACCCCUUGGUCAGCAAAUACAAGGGCUAAAACACCGGGUGAUGGAAGCAAAACCACAGGCCCCAAAUGGAACAUGUUUACUGCAGUUUAUUCCAAGUCUUUGACUGCUUGCCGCAACAAACUACAGUCACCAACUCUGUCAUCCACUCCGUUCCUAUUAAGGACAGAAGAAAGAGCUGCAAGAAGAAAACAGAAGCUUGAAGACAAAUUCAAUUCCAAGGAUGUUGAGAAGGUGCAGUUACAACAAACUUCACUUAAGGAGAAAGCAGAAUUGGAGCUGAGAAAACUGCGUCAAAGCUUUUGCUUCAAAGCUCGACCUCUUCCAGAUUUCUACAAGGAAAGAGAAGUGCAAGCGCAAAACAACCAAAUCAAAAAGGUCUGUUCUUCUGUAGUGAUUACUCUGCUUACAUACGUUUAAUCAAAUCAAGAUAUGCUUCCCUUUUGAACCUUAUUAACUUGGUUUCCUUUUCUUUUCUUUUUUUCUUCACUGGCAGAAUAAUCCAGUGAAAACGCAGGCAAAGUCACCUAAAUUGGGAAGAAAGCCUAGUUUUAGAGCAAUGCAACAAGGCGGCGCAGCCGCAUCACUGCCAUCAUCAACAAAUACACAGAACAAGAAUGGAAGCAUUCUCAAGCAUAUUUCAUCUGGGAAGACGAAGAACGGUCCAGUAACAGCACCUGCUUCAUCAUCACUUCAGGACAUGAUCAAUCAUGAGAAUGCAUCACCAAACAUACAACAACACCGAACCAACUGAUAUAUUUGUUUUUUACUUUCUUUGCUGAGUGAAUGUACCAGUUCAUCUACCGCGAUGUAGUUUAGAAUUCUGUAAAAUUCCAUAGAAAUCAUCCAGUCCCUUCCCACCGGCCACUACCCGGCCCGACAAAUGUCUAAUGUGCACAUACAUUAUAUAUAUAAUUUAAUGUUGUUAUUUGACUUGAUGAAGCACAAGUACUUGCUGAUACGAUUCUUUGUCAUGAAACAGGAGUAGUAGUAGUAGUAGUAAACA